CUGCCAGCACUGGGGGGCGCUGUGAUGUUUCUAAACGCCACACAGAUCGUCAGUCUGAUUGGUCAAGGUCUGAGCGUCUUGUCCAAUGAAUAGAAGGACGCCGUUUUCAAAUCGUCAGACACGGAAGUAUCUAACACCAGAGAGUCAGCCUGUAAAGAGACUCGAUACCUUUCUGCUAUGAAAUGGAGAGCUUUCUAAGGCAAAAGCUUGCCCAGGCCAAUGGCAACCUAUUGGGUGGAUCAUCUCUUCAGAAACCCAUUUCUUACCAGCCUAUCAAAUUGCCAGAUGUGUGUUCUAGUUUCUAUUCAAUUGCAGAUGAACCUUUUCCCCAAGUGUCUGGAUUUCUUGAUGACACUUUCGGCCCGUCGUUUCUUUUAAAUGAAACCAGAACUGUGUUGAAUUCACCUGGUCCCACACCAUCAGAAAAUCAAACAAAAAAUAAGGACGAGGGAGUUUUAGCCCAGAGAAAAGAGGCUGCCAUCAAUUCCGAUCUUAGUUGCUCUCUUGGUGCGCACUGUCAGUCGACAGAUGGAAGCACCUCACCUAACCCUACUAGAUCUAUACAUAAUGAGAAAGAUGUUAGUGCAACAGCAGAUAAAGCAGAUGAGCGCUGCAAUGAACCCUCGGUAUCCACAACAUCUUUAGAGAAAUCAGAUUUCAUGAGUGCGGAGUUGAAGAACAACACUUUUAAUGUGACCCAAGACUCAAAAGAACAGUCUGACACUGGUGUUAAUGUGACUGUUGAUCUACACAACACCACGGAGAAGAACAGCCCUUUUGAUGUGACCCAAGACUCGAAAGAACAGUCUGACACUGGUGUUAAUGUGACUGUUGAUCUACACAACACCAGGCAGAAGAACAGCACUUUUGAGUGUCAAGAGUCAAAGGAGAGGUCUGACGUGAGAUGUAAUUCAACAGUGGAUAUUGAUGACAAUAUUAAGACUAAGUCAGGAAAUACCACUGUUGACCUGGUCCAGUCACAUGACCCUAAAGAGAGUCCUGACACUAGGGUUAAUGCAACUGUGGAUAUUCUAGACAGUGUACAUUCUAAAAACAAUUCAUCUGUGAAUAGUGCACCCUUAAACACAGAACAGCUCAGUGAAAAGCUUGAGGUAACAAUAGAUAUUCAGGAACAAGAAAAACCAAGUGGUAAUCUUAACUCGACUGUGGAUGAUCAAUUAAAAAACACAGAGGAAGCUAAUUUAAAAGACAAUAUAAUGGUUGAUAAUGUGGAGCGAAUAGCCAGUGCACCUCAUCUACCUUCUAGCGAAACUGAACAAUCAAGUUCCGAUAUUUUAAAACCAGCUAAGAUGAUGUUUACCAAACAUAAUACAACCACUGAUCUUCCUGUGCCAAAAGUUCCAGUUUUGAAGGACAACACUCUAGAAAUUAAGCCUUCAAGCACAGAAUUAUCUUUAGAAUUAAACCAGGCCAGUGGUGCUUCUAACUCUGUGGAAAUCACUAAACCAGUCUCUAACAGCAGCGAAACAAACGUUGAGAUAAGGACCUUAACUUUUGUUUGCUCUGUUGAUGCUCCUGAGCUCAAAGCAGACGAGCACCACAAGAAAGUAGAAAGACCUGGAUUAGCUGAAAGUGAAUCCGUUCCCUCCUCUGAUAUGGGAAACAUCAGCAGAAACAGUGUUUUUUGUUUGGAUGAUACUUUGGACAUGAAAACAAGCUUCAUGGUUACAUCCACACCUAUUGUUUUUGGCAGAGAACCCAGAUUUGAGAUACUGAGAGAUGUGAAGCCCACACCUUUAAGAAAAAGAUUGUCUGUGAUCAACAGUAUGGAGGCCCAAUCGAAUGAUGAGCUUGUUGUGAGUAAUCACAAUGGAACUGGUGCUGUGCAGGCGACUGAGAGCUCAAGUCAGAAGAUCUCAUCAAACUGCAUUUCUAAUCACAAUACAUCAGAACCAGCAAAUGAGAACAAGCCUUCCACAAAACGUCCAAUUAAAAGACAGAUUCCUCAACUUUCCUCUAAGCUUAGUUAUCCCAAAUCCAGUCUUCCCCCAAGGCCGCAGUCGUCCAUGCACUCCUCGGCAGCAGCGGACAAACCAAAGACUGUCCAAGGGCCACAGGUUCCGCAAUAUCGCGACACAUCCACCACCCUACUUGGCAACAGGAAGUCAGUACAGAUGAACAAGGGGAAGAACAUCGCACCUGUCAAAAACGCAGUGUCAGCUAGCACUGUUAAGGCCUCUAUGGUUUCUUCUGCCACUGGAUAUAACUUCACGGCUGUUGCAAAGCCUUCAAGCUCUGGUAUACAGCAAAACAAACCAUCAGGACUACAGCCCCCAACCCGUAAAAGACUGGCUCUUAAAACACCUCAGACUACACAAUCCUCUGUUGAAAGCAUUCUGACUCAGCCCAGUAGUAACAAACCAACAACAACAGGUAUGAGGACGAGGAAUUCACUGCUUCCCAGUGUGGGCCAAACGCACUUGAACAAUGAUGGUUUGCCUUCGGCAAAGAGAAAAAGAAUUGCACACACUGCUCUUCCUACAGUAAAGAGUGAUGCUGUGCAUCCAGCUGACGGAGCACAUGGAUCAGGCUGUGUUAAUUGUUUGCAACAUCAAGACAAACUUAAGAGGGUCCUCCAAGAACUAAUGGAUUUGCGUUCAGAGUGUAAAAACUGGGGACCAUUGCACGAAAAACUUGAGAUGUGUGUAAAGGAAAUGAAGAAGUAGAGUAAGGAGAAAAGAAGAGAAGUGUUGACAAAGAAACUUGGAACUUUUACCAGUUAUGGAAGCUUCUACCAGUUAUUUCUAUGCAGUUCUAUGCAUGUUUAUGUACUUCGAAAAUGACUUAAUAAAAUGUAUCCCAAUUAAA